AUGCAUUUACUGAUUUCCCUGUUGAUUCUAUUCUCCUUUCGAUCAGUUUUAUCUCAAGUGACACUCGAGAAUGGAUGCUAUAUUGUUGAACCUCCAACUCCGCCUUGUAUAGAUGCUGUCGAUUAUAUCACUGGAGUUUCACAAUGUGAACGACGACGUCAAUUCUGCAAUGAUCCCCAAUACUACAACGUCAUGACCAUUCAGUGCCCACAAACUUGUAAUCGAUGCAAUGUCACAGCUUGUUUUGAUCGCGUGAAUCCUCGAACAGGAGUUUUUGACUGUGAGCAACGACGAGCUCUCUGCAAUAAUCCCACUUUUCUCGUCACAAUGAGAACGCGUUGUGCUCGGACUUGUGGUUACUGUAUUCGAACAUUUCUUCCACAACAACCAAUUACCCAAGCACCAGUUCUACGGGCAUUAUAUGUUUGCGAGGAUUUGAUCCCAGCUUGUCCUUUACGAGCCGUCGCUGGAUACUGUCAAAAAUAUGCAUAUCAAAUGUACAUUAUAAUGGUUGAUGUGAUCGAAAAAGUUUAUCUCUACAGUCAAGUUGAUGAACAAGAUGAAAAUGAUGAUGAUCCACAAAAUUUCACCGAAAUUGACGUGAGGAGGAUUGAGGAGAAAUUUGGGAGACAGCAAUUGAAUGAUGAUAUUGAUGAGAUCAAUUAUCGAUCACAAAGAGGAGGAGCAAGUAUCCCCACUCGUCCACCGCCACCCGGUUGGAAUCUUUCUUCUCCUCAUCCACCAAACCCAACCCAACCCCCAGCACCACCUCGUCCACCAUUACCCCAACAAUCCUAUCAAUCCUACAAUCCAUAUCCAAGUCCUUACGCCGGCUCUCAUCAUCUGCCUGCAAUCUCUCCUCAAUCACCCCGUCCUGGAGCUAAUAUCCCAUUUAUUGACAAUUCCCAGACAGAUUCAAAUCAACAAAUCGGGAAUUUUGACUCAAAUUCGCAAAAGAAAAAGAAAAAGAAAGGAUUUCGAUUUUCGAUUAUUAGAGAUGCUCUUGAUGGAUUUGAACGCGGCGAUUUCUCGGGAAUUCUUAAGCAUUUGUCGAGAAUUGGUGGAGAAAAUCAUUGUUUAAAGCCAAGUUGGACUCAUGACAAGAUUCGUCAAUUCACCGAGGGAGCGAUUAGCCGAGGAGCACACAGAUUUUUCAAAAUCGAUAAAAACACGGGUCAAAUCAUUGGCGCCUUGGCGGGAAAUGUGAUUUUCAACAAAGGCGGAAAGAACAAUAAUAUUGGAGGCGUCGGGAAAAUCGUUCUCGACAAUAUUCUCACUGGACAUUUCCAUAAAAAUGUUUCUCCAUUGGUGCAUCAGAGUGAAAUCCGACGAACGGCCGGCAUCGAGUCGUUGGGAUUGGAUUUUUACAGAGAACGAGAUAAAUGUUUGAAAACGAAGCGUCUUUUUGAGGAUCCUGAAUUCCCAGCAACGUCGAAAAGUCUUUAUUACAGAAGAGCUCCAACGGGAAGAGUCGAAUGGAGAAGACCAGGGGAAAUUGUGCGCGACCCUUGCCUAAUCGUUGAGGGUCACACUCGCUUCGACGUUGUCCAAGGAGCACUCGGCGAUUGUUGGCUUCUUGCUGCUAUUGCAAAUUUAACACUACGUGACGAGCUAUUCUACCGAGUCGUGCCGCCGGAUCAAAGUUUUGUUGAGAACUAUGCCGGGAUUUUUCAUUUCCAAUUUUGGAGAUAUGGUCGCUGGGUGGAUGUGGUGAUUGAUGAUCGCCUACCAACAGUGAACGGGAAACUCAUCUAUAUGCACUCGGGGACGGUGAAUGAAUUCUGGAGUGCUUUACUUGAGAAAGCAUACGCUAAGCUCUACACAGGCUAUGAGUGUCUCGAUGGAGGACUUCCAAUGGAUGCGCUAGAAGAUUUCACAGGCGGACUGACGGAACAUCUAGAAUUGCAGAAGAUAGACAAAGCGACCCUGUUGGCAUUGUUGGUUAGAGGAUUUCAAAUGGGAUCCAUGUUUUGUUGCUCGUUGGAGGCUGAUCCAUACAAUUUCGAGGCUCAACUUCCAAAUGGUCUCAUUCGAGGUCAUGCCUAUAGUAUCACAGCUGUUCAACAAGUGAGCACAACGCGUGGCGAUGUGUUGCUGUUGAGAAUUCGAAAUCCCUGGGGAAACAAUAAGGAAUGGUACGGACCAUGGUCGGAUGGGAGUAGUGAAUGGAGAACGGUGAGUGGCGCGGAUAGGACAAAAUUGGACGUUCGUUUCAACGAUGAUGGAGAAUUUUGGAUGUCAUUCAACGACUUCUACAUCUCUUUUGAAACUUUAGAAGUGUGCAAUCUUUCGGCGGCGGUGAUGAGCGAGAUCGAGCAAAUGACCGGUGUUCGUCAUCAGGAUAUUCAAGAAGUUGGAGUAUGGCAAGAGCAACAAAUCGAUGGUGGAUGGAGUCUUGAGCACAACACGGCUGGAGGAUGCAUUAAUUAUAUCUCUACGUUUCCGAGAAAUCCCCAAUAUCUCGUGACACUCGUGAACGCCCGCAACAAUGUGGAAGGAGACGGGAAUUGCACGGUAAUCGUGGCGGUGCUUCAGAAAUAUCGUCGCGAGCUUCGGAGCCAAGGAAAAGACAAUAUUCCGAUCGGGUUUUCCGUUUACAGGGCGCCUCCGAAUCUGAUGGGAAAGCUUGAUGAGCGCUUUUUCCGAACGAAUCGUUCAGUGGCAAAAGUGCCCGUAUUUGUGAAUAUGAGAGAGGUGACGGCUCGUUUCCGUGUUCCUCCCGGUCAAUAUAUUGUGAUCCCAUGUACUUUCGAACCGCAUAUCGCCGCCGAUUUUCUUCUCCGCGUUUUCUCGAAUGGUGAUGUUGGAAUUCGAGAAAUCGCU